AUCUUCGAUCAUCCAUAUAUCUUUCGCUUAUUUCUGCCCAUUUUGCGAAUAAGUUGACAUUAAAUUAAUGUCAAAAUAAGGUGAGUUAGAUUAAAGCAAAUAAUUGUUUUCUACUAUAUUCAAUUAAAACAGCUUGAGUUUUUGUAAAGGGUCUCUGUUUCAACCAACAAGGAUUUCAAUUUUACUUGGUAUACAAUAAAUAUGCAAAGUAUAAUACAUUAAUAUGGUUUACGUAGCUAUAAUAACUAAAAUGAACUGUUUUGUGUAAUUAUUAUAUAUGUUAGUUUUAACCAGGUUAAAAUGAUAAAGUUUAAUAGACUGCUAUAUAUUAUUCGCCCAAAUCAAUUAAGGACGUAUGCUAGUCAUGGACAAAUGCUUGCUGGCAGAAAAACUAAACGUGGUUCUAUGCUUUCCAAGAUGAUUGAUAAUAAAGAUAAAAACAAAAAGUGGCAUUUGAAUUUUAUGGAAAAGGCUCCCAAAGCCAAGAGCGUGUUUGAAGGUGUGCACCAGCCCAAUAAAAGGCAAACCAUGCUUCAAUCUCUGUUUAUUAAAAAUAUCACUGAUGUUCUAUCAACUGGAGAGAUCAGCCCAGAAAUACUUGGAUACAAUGUUGAAAUAAGUGGAGUUAAAGUAUCUCCUUGUUACCAAACAUUGAAUGUAUACUGGCAGAUACCAUCUACUAGUUAUGAGAAACACGAAGAAAUAGCUAUUGCCCUGAAUUCUAUAGCUCCACGACUUAGGGCGGAACUCAUUAGUCGGAAUGUGAUGGGCAAAGUACCGUACAUUUUCUUCAUAAGAGAUGUGACAAAUGCUAGAAUUGCAGAGUUUGAGAAUGCAUUGAGGGAUGCUGAUUUGGGGCCUGAGAAUGAACGGUCAAUCAUACCUGAUGAUGCAUUCACGAAAGAUGUCUUAGUCUUCAGAGUCAACAAGAAAUCAAAUACUGAUGAAAAUAAAGAAUUAGAAGUCAAAAAAGUUGAACCUCCGAAUAUUUCUCAUAGACCUUCUGACAUGAAGUCUGAUGUUUUUGGAUUAAAACACAAUGACAUUAUGAAUAAAAUAUUUGCUUCAAAAGGGAGAAUCAAAUCACUCGAAAAUUCUGCCGUCAUAUCUUCAGAAUUCUUUCCUAGCGCAGAACUCUUUGAUAAAAUUCCUGGCACUACUCUAGAAUCUUCUGGAAUAGAUCGAUCAAAAGUACUGAAGCAGUUCCAAAUUGAAAGGAAAAUUGCAAAAUAUAAGAAUAGAAGUAUAAAAAUCACGAGAGAGGAUUCCUUGUUGGAAGAUGAUGUCCCCUCAGAUCAUAUAGAUUAUCUUCAAGACGACCAUCAUUCUUUUCACUGAUUUCUGUUUAAAUUAUGUCUUUUUCUUUUGGUACUUUACUGUCAAUAAAUCCAUUUAAAGGUU